AUGAAAGAAGGAUGCUUUUCACCUCAAAAAGAAGUCACAAUAGCAAUCGGAACAAGAGCAAGACCAGAUCUUAAAGGGCCAAAUCGUCGGCAACCUACUUUUUUGGCUUUGUUUGAAGCGGAAAGACUAAUGACAGUUUACUUGGAAUGA